GCCGCGCGGCCCCCCCCGCGGCCCUCCGGCGCGCGCCUGCCCGCGGGCUCCGGCACCCCCGCGCCUCGGCCUCUGCCCCGGUGGGCGGGGGCGGCAGCUGGGCGGCCUCGCGCUCUCGGGCGCCCUCCGCUCCAGAGCCCCUCGCGACGCAGCAUAACACGCCGACGGGCUCUCAACCGGCGUGUCGUUGAUACUCCUUUUCCCUCCCGAUCCUCGGCGGGGCGGGCAUCGCCUCGCGGCGAGCGAUGGCGGGCGCGGCCAACGGCAAGGUGGGGUCCAACGCAAAGUUCAAGAUGGGGUUCUGCCAGACAGCUGUCAGCAAGGACAAGGCGGUCAGCCUCGAGAACGCAAAAGCGGCGCUCGUGAAGGCCGUGGGCAUGGGCGCCGAGCUCGUCGUCCUGGGCGAGAUGUUCAGCUGCCCGUACGCCACGAAGUUCUUCAGGGAGUACGGCGAGAGGUUCUCCGAGCCGCUCUCUGCGGAGGCUUGCCCCAGCGCAAAGAUGUUGUCCGAUCUUGCGAAGGAGCACGGGGUGUGGAUCGUCGGCGGAUCGAUCCCAGAGUUGGAGGGGGACAAGGUGUACAACACCUGCCUGGUGUUCGACUCCAAGGGCGCCGUCGUGGGCAGGCACCGGAAGGCCCACCUCUUCGACAUCGACGUGCCCGCGACCGAGGGGCGCCCGGCGAUCAAGUUCAAGGAGUCGGACGUCCUCUCGGGGGGCGAGCAGGUGACGCUGGUGGAUCUGCCCUGGUGCCGGAUGGGCGUGGGCAUCUGCUACGACAUCCGCUUCCCGGAGUACGCGCUGUCGAUGCGCGGCCUCGGGGCCAAGCUCCUCGUCUACCCGGGCGCCUUCAACAUGACCACGGGGCCCGCCCACUGGAGCGUGCUCUCGAGGGGGCGCGCCGUCGACACACAGGCCUACGUGGCCGUAGUGUCGCCCGCCCGGAGCGAGGACAAGGACGACUACCAGGCGUACGGCCACUCCCUGCUCGUGAACCCGUGGGCCGAGGUGGUGGUCGAGGCCGAGCACGAGCCAGGCGUCUGGGUGGCCGAGGUGGACCCCGCCGAGGCGGACCGCAUCCGGAUGCAGGUGCCGACCUCCUUUCAGAAGCUGGGCGGCCUGUACGUGCCCUACGCCGCCCGCGGCGCGGGGGACGGCGCGCCCGAAGCGAAGAGGCCGAAGCUGUGACGGUCGGCCCUGGGCGCAGUCGUUCUGCAGCGGCGGCGCGGGCGCUUGGAGAGCGGCACGCGCGGGAUCCUAUAGGACGCAGUGGGCCCGCAGGACUCGCAGGCCCGUUUUGGCGGGCGCCCCUGGCGUCGCGACGUCGGUGUGCCUGCCGGGAGAAGAGGGCGCCGCGGAGGUCUCCCGCCCGUCUCUCGGCACUGCCCCCCUCGUCCGCGAGGGAGGCCUCGCCCGCCCGAAGGCCCCCCGCUCCCCCGUCUCGGUGCCGAUCUGUGCGUGCUGGCGUCGGGACGUGGCUCCCUGCCGACGGCCUCGGCACCGAAGCAUGGGCUCGCGGGGCCCGCCUCUGGGGAAGGGGGGUGGCGACCUUGGUGGCCUGCCCUGCCCUUUGUGAAAGCUUAGGAGAGCCUCUGUCGAAUUAUUUGUUUUCAGCAACAUAUCGAAGUGGGUUGCAAGUAGAGCGCCAGGGAGGCGUCGGGGCGGCCAGGACCUCUCGGCAGGUGCAUUUGGUGCAUGCGGAACCGCGCUGUGUGAGUGUG